CUCAUUCACACUGAAACUGCAAACUCCGAAGGUUGACUGUUCAUGCAUGGUAACAAUUAUGAAGGUUAAGUUUUUUCUUAUUGUUGUUGCUGUUUCUUGUGGCUUGGUUAGUGGUUUUCAAGACUAUCAAGAUAUUCCUUUAGAGAUCGAGCAAAAUGAUCCCGCGGGAGAAUAUAAACCUGAAGAGAAUCAGAAUCGUGGUAAAGAAAAGAUGUUUGAGGAAGGGGACAUUCAUUUGGAUAAAAGCACUAAAGAAAUCCUGGCCAAUUUACAAAGUAAUGCRCGUGAUGCUAUCAGGAAUCCCGUCAAGCAUUGGCCCAGAGGAGUAGUGCCUUAUCGCUUCGGUGGUGUCAGUAGUCGCGUUAGAUCAGCGUUUCAACAAGCAAUCAACGACUAUAAUCGAAAGACGUGCAUAAGAAUUGUACCAAGGACAACCCAGCGAGACUACAUCCUGGUUGUCAGUGAAGGAGGGUGUUGGUCCGCCAUUGGAAGGAGUGGUGGAGCACAAAAGCUUUCGUUGGGCCGUGGCUGUGAAAAUAAAGGAACAGCCAUCCACGAGUUAAUGCAUGCACUUGGCUUUUUCCACGAGCAGUCUCGUAUUGACAGAGAUCGGUAUAUUACUAUCGUAUGGAAUAAUAUCAGGCAGUCAAUGCAAUAUAAUUUCCGGAAGUAUCGACAUGGUGAGGCUGAUACCCUUAAUGAACCAUACGACUACAAGUCCGUCAUGCACUAUCCUAGAAGGGCCUUUUCUAUCAACGGUCGAGAUACUAUCGUCCCAAAGAGAGGAGGCGUUCAACUUGGUCAGCGACAUGGUUUUAGCAGAAUUGAUUUAAGGCAAAUCAAUAAACUGUACAAAUGUGGUGUGAAGCCAAACACACCACGWCCAAGACCUCCUACCCGACCCCCAGUAAGACCUCCUACACGACCCCCAAUAAGACCCCCUACACGACCCCCUGUUGGAUCGUGUACCGAUAAACACUGGAAAUGCCGUUCCUGGGCCAAAGGUCGCUAUUGUUCGAGUUGGAGGUAUAGGCAAUAUAUGAAGACAAACUGCAAGAAAUCCUGUGGAUACUGUGGAGGAGUGAAGCCAACAUGCAGGGAUACGGGAAGUCGAUGCAGACGUUAUAAUUUGAGGUAUUAUUGCCGAUACAAUAGAUACUAUCUUUGGUACUGCAAGAAGACAUGUGGAAGGUGCUAACCAAACAAGGAAGGCGUGCWGGUACCCACUCUAAGACGAUAUGAAUAAUUUGCUUAUUUGUGUUUUAUUUGUUAUUCACGAAUACAAUAUUKUGAUGUAGUAAUCUAAGUAUUUCAUAAUAAAUCAUGAUUUAGAUA